GGAUUAAUGGUUACCAUGUCAACGGCUCAGCCAAUGAUACGGAGUCUGUGGACUCGCUCAGUGAAGGCUUGGAUACACUUUCAAUAGAUGCCAGAGAGUUAGAGGAUUGUGAAUCUGCCACACCUGACAUGCCCGAUGGAACAGAGCCCUCCAUCUGUCAGGCCGCAGCCGGAGCAGAGGAAUGUCAGCAAGUCUCUGUUUAGGUCCACAGCAAGCAACCAGACGUCUGCUUCCUUGUCUCCAGUGUUGCUGGAAGAUGUUCCGGUGUCAUCUUCAAACAAGAAGUUGGGUUCAAAUAUUGAAAAAUCAGUGAAGGACCUCCAGCGUUGUACAGUCUCGUUGGCACGAUAUCGGGUUGUGGUCAAAGAGGAAAUGGAUGCCUCCAUUAAGAAAAUGAAGCAGGUCUUUGCUGAACUGCAGAGUUGCCUCAUGGACCGCGAGGUGGCACUACUGGCUGAAAUGGACAAAGUGAAAGCAGAAGCAAUGGAAAUCCUGGUCAGCCGACAGAAGAAAGCUGGGGCGCUAAAGAAGAUGACUGAUGUCGCUGUGCGCAUGUCCGAGGAGCAGUUGGUAGAGCUUAGAGCUGACAUAAAGCACUUUGUCAGCGAACGCAAAUAUGAUGAAGACCUGGGCAGAGUGGCACGAUUCACCUGUGACCUGGAUGCAGUAAAAAAGAGCAUCAGCUCGUUUGGGCAAGUUUCCCAUCCAAAGAACAGUUACUCAACCAGAUCGCGGUGCAGCUCCGUCAUGUCCUUGAGCCCAAGUGAUCCCUCCACCCCGGAGUGUGCCUCUGCUCCCAGCCUUCCCACAGCAAGCAGGAGGCCCCCGUCCUCGGCAGAAACACCUGCAGCCGGAGCCAGCACCAGCAGCCGUCCAUGCCAGCCUCACCGAGAGGUCUUCCAGGGUAACAGGAGACAAGGCCAGGGCUACCGGUCCCAAGGCCAGCGCCAUAACGGCCCCUCCAAUCCAGGAAGACACGACAGUACGAACCGGUACAGAAAUGGGCCUUGGUAUCAGUCCGGUUCCAGGUCUCAGAAUUCCCAGUUCCGACCUCCAGGGAUUGCUGCUGACCCUGGCCAGACUCAUUCCACAGGAACCAGUGGAACUGGUGCUGCCUCCCUGGCGAGCCAGCCCAUCCCCUCAGCACAGGUGCAUCCAGGUGCACCCACCACAGACAUCAAGGGGCUCCCACAACGUAAGCCAAGGUCAAGCCAGCCUGAAGAGGCGAAUUCCUGAGAGGAUCCAGAUCUCCAUUCCCUCCGGAGACUCGGCUUGAUAACUGGACUGUAGGAAACUCCUAGCUAGAGCUAUUAACAAAGGAAAGUUUACACUCCUCUCUUGUGCCACGUUUUUCUCUCCUCCCUUGUACGUUUCCUUCAUUUUCUUCUCUUUGUGGAAGCUACUUCAUGCGUCUCCCUACGCGCUACUGCCGUGUGCCAGGUUCAUGCUUUACCGGAACGCACUCUGCUGCUGCCAGAUCUGUGGCUUCCCCUGGGAGCUCCCGGGACCUCGAUGGCUCCUUUUCCUUCAGAGUUAUCCACAGAACCCCAGGCAGAAUCCGAGCCAAAAAUAACCUCCCAGUUGUGGCCCUGGGUGAGCCAACCUGUGGGUGGAACCCCCCCCCCAGCCAGCUCUCCCUGGUAACAGCACACAGUUCAUGCUGGCAGUGAAGAGGGUCGCUGUGAAAUGGGGCUUCGGCUAGGGUAGCUGCUGGUCAGAUUGGAGAGAGCCGUGUGGAGUCUGCCUCGCUUUCCUUGGAGCUCACCUGAAUCCCAACACAGCCCAGGCCCACACUGGCCCCCCGAGUCCCAAACCCUUGCUCGGGACCCUUCCAUGGAGCCAAGCAGCAGUUGUGAAGGCCCACGCACACUUCCUGUAUAAAUUUAGAUGUUCCCUAUUUUUAAUGUUUUUGGGGGGGGAUCUCUUUUAUUUUAUUCACCCCCUGCCCGUCCCUACCCUAUCUUGUCCCUAAACUAAAUUUAUAACCAUAACAAUUAGCAGUGCUAAUCCUAGGUAACACCAGUCAGAGAUUGCUCCUGGCAUUCUUCAUAGUUGUACAAAUAAAGACGAUGCUGACGAUGGGCAUGUU